AUGACUGAGGACGAAAUGGCUAGGCACAUCCAUGAAUUCGAAGCUGUCGGCGUUUUCCGUCAAGGUGUCGGUGCCCUGGAUGGAUACCACUUUCCCAUUUCACCGCCGAAGAAGAACGCCACAGAUUACUACAACUAUAAAGGCUGCUACAGUAUGAUCCUGCUAGCUCUUGUCGACCACAGAUACCGCUUCAGGUACAUUAACGUCGGUGCUCCUGGACGUUGCCAUGACUCGCACGUCUUUGGAGUUUUGCAGCUCUCCAAAGCUAUUGAGGGUCCUCUUUUCAAAGCACCUCUCGCCAGAAUAGGCGGCGCAACAGUUCCGCCCUUAAUUCUGGGUGAUCAGGCCUUUCCAUUGCCACCCAACCUGAUGAAACCCUUUGGACACCGUGGUUCGUUAAGCGAAGAUGAAAAAUGUUUUAAUUAUCAUUUAAGUGCAGCAAGGAGAAUUGUAGAAAGCGUGUAUGGGAGGCUUAAGGCCAGGUUCCGCUUCACUGCAAAGACAAUGGAGUGCCAUGUGGACAAUGCCCGCUUCGUAAUAAAGGCUUGCUGCGUGCUAAAUAAGAUUUGUGAACACUUCAACGACAACGUCCACGCACUGUGGCUAAGCGAAGUGCAGCAGUCAAAUAUCGAGUUUCCACAGCCGUCAUGCACCACGGAAGCUCAAGUUGGAAAUGCAACGGCCAUAAGGCGCGCACUUGUUGACUAUUACAGCCCAGUGAACGGAAAUGCACCUACAUCGUAA